GCGAUGGCGCGGAGCGCGGAGGGCGCCGCGCUGCUUCUCCUGAUCUGCCUUAACUUUGGAAAUGGACUCCAUUUAGAGGCCUUAAACACAAGAAAUGAAAAUAAUCUGCUGCCUAAACACACUCACUUUGUGCGGCAAAAGCGCUCCUGGAUCACUGCUCCCGUGGCUCUUCGAGAGGGAGAGGAUCUGUCCAAAAGGAAUCCAAUUGCCAAGAUACAUUCUGAUAUUGCAGAAGAACGAGGACUAAAAAUUACAUACAAAUAUACCGGAAAAGGGAUCACAGAGCCACCUUUUGGUGUGUUUGUCUUUAAUAAAGACACUGGAGAGCUGAACGUUACCCGCAUUCUUGAUCGAGAAGAGACGCCAAGUUUUCUGCUCAUUGGUUAUGCUUUGGAUGAAAAAGGAAACAACCUUGAGAAACCAUUAGAACUGCGCAUUAAAGUUCUUGAUGUCAACGACAAUGAGCCAGUGUUCACACAGGACGUCUUUGUUGGGUCUGUUGAAGAGCUGAGUGCAGCAGAUACACUUGUGAUGAGAAUCAGCGCAACAGAUGCAGAUGAGCCCAAUACCCUGAAUUCUAAAAUUUCCUAUAGAAUUGUAUCUCAGGAGCCUGCUUACCCUCCAGUGUUCUACCUAAAUAAAGAUACAGGCGAGAUUUAUACAACCAGCUUUACCUUGGACAGAGAGGAGCACAGCAGCUAUACUCUGACGGUAGAAGCAAGAGAUGGCAAUGGACAAAUAACAGAUAAACCAGUAAAACAAGCUCAAGUUCAGAUUCGUAUUUUGGAUGUCAACGACAAUGUACCUGUAGUCAAAACUGCAAUGACUGAAGGGGUGGAAGUUAAAGAAAAUCAAGCCAAUGUAGAAGUUACACGCAUAGAGGUGUCCGAUGCUGAUGAAAUAGGCUCUGAUAAUUGGUUAGCAAACUUUACGUUCGUAUCAGGAAAUGAAAUGGGUUAUUUACGCAUAGAAACUGAUAAUAAAACUAAUGAAGGAAUUGUGACCCUUAUUAAGGAAUUAGAUUAUGAAGAAAUGAAGAGUCUCGAUUUCAGCAUUAUUGUCACUAACAAAGCAGCUUUUCACAAAUCAGUUAAGAUUCAACAUAAGCCUACACCCAUUCCCAUCAAAAUAAAGGUGAAAAAUGUGCAAGAAGGCAUUCAUUUUAAACAUAACACAAUCUCCGUUCAUGUUAGUGAGAGCAUGGAUAAAUCAAGCCAAAGCCAAGUAAUUGGCAAAUUCCAAGCUUUUGACGAAGACACUGGACAGGUAGCUCACGUAAGAUAUGCCAAAUUGGAAGAUAUAGACAACUGGAUCUCUGUGGAUUCUGUUACAUCUGAAAUUAGACUUGUAAAAAUUCCCGAUUUUGAAUCCAGAUAUGUCCGAAAUGGUACAUAUACUGCAAAGAUUUUGGCGAUAUCAGAUAGUUAUCCAAGAAAAACUAUCACUGGCACCAUUGUUAUCACAGUGGCUGACAUCAAUGACAAUUGCCCCACACUGGUUGACCCAGUACAGAGUGUCUGUGAGGACAUGCAGUACGUGAAUGUGACCGCAGAGGACUUGGAUGGAUACCAGAACAGUGAGCCUUUCAGUUUCUCCAUCAUCGACAAACCAUCUGGGAUGGCAGAAAAAUGGCAAAUAGUACACCAAGAAAGCACCAGUGUGUUACUGCAACAAAAGGAGCAAAAGCUCGGGAGAAGUGAAAUUCAGUUCCUGAUUUCAGAUAGUCAGGGCUUCAGUUGCCCUGAGAAGCAGGUCCUUACACUGACAGUUUGUAAGUGUCUGGACGGCAGCAAUUGUGUGGAAGGUCUGCAUGACCCCUACGUGGGCCUUGGACCCGCAGCAAUUGCGCUGAUAAUUUUUGCCCUUCUGCUGUUGCUACUUGUACCGCUUUUACUGCUGAUGUGCCAGUGUGGAGAUGGCGCCAAAGGCUUCACCCCCAUUCCUGGCACUAUAGAGAUGCUGCAUCCUUGGAAUAACGAAGGGGCACCACCUGAAGACAAGGUGGUGCCAUUGCUUCUGACAGGAGAUCAUGGGGAGAGUGUGGCAGUAGGCAGCGGAGUGGGAGCAGGUAUGACAACCAAAGAGACCAUCGUGAAAGCAAACAGCUCUGCGUCCUUCGCCAAAGGGCAACAUGAGAUGUGUGAGAUGGACGGAAGAUGGGAGGAACACAGAAACCUUAUUUCUGUUGGAGCUACCCAAGUGACAGGGACAACAGGAGCCAGCGUAGGUGUCGAAACUUUAAGGAGCACAAGAGUCAUGGGGUCUUCCAGAGACAUGGCCGGAACUCAAGCAGCUGCUGCUGCAGUGAGCGAGGAAUUCUUAGAAAAUUAUUUCACUGAGAAAGCUGCCUCUUUUGCUGAGGAAGAUGACAUUCACAUAGCCAAAGAUUGCCUUCUGGUUUAUUCUCAGGAAGACACUGAAUCUCUACACGGCUCCAUCGGCUGUUGCAGUUUUAUCGAAGGAGAACUAGAUGAUCACUUUCUAGAUGACUUAGGGCUUAAAUUCAGGACACUAGCUGAAGUUUGCAUGGGUCAAAAGAUAGACAUGGAUGUGGAAAUUGAGCAGAGGCAAAAACCCGUGGGAGAAUCAAGCAUGAAGGCAGCUUCACAUUCAUUCAAUGAGAAAACUAGGAUUAAUGCAGAGAAUGCCUACUCCUCUGCCAGUAGCUUUCAAGUUCCCAAACCUUCGCAUGAAGCAAAUGCAGAGAGAGUAACUCAGGAAAUAGUCACUGAAAGGUCUGUAUCUUCUAGACAGGGUCAGCAGGUAGCCACACUGCUCCCUGAUCCUUUGGCUUCCGGUAAUGUUGUAGUGACAGAAACUUCCUAUGCCGCAGGCUCCACGAUGCCAGCAAGCACCGUGAUCCUGGGGCCGGGACAGCCACAGGCCCUCAUUGUGACAGAGCGGGUGUACGCGCCAGCCCCUCCCUUGGUAGACCAGCACUAUGCUGGUGACGGUGACGUCGUGGUUACCGAGAGGAUAAUACAGCCUAACGGGGGCAUCCCUGGUCCCCUGGAAGGCACCCAGCUUCUGCCAGAUGCACACUAUGUGAUGGUGAGGGAGAGAGAGAGCUUCCUAGCCCCCAGCCCAGGCGUGCAGCCCACUCUGGCCGUGCCUGGUGUGACAGCAGGACAGAAAGUGACAGUGACAGAAAGAGUGCGAACAGCUGCCCCCACCUUGCAAUCCAGUUACCAGAUUCCUGCCGAAACCUCUGCGAUGACCAGAAAGACAGAGGUUUCUGGAGCCAGAGGGCCCGGCCCUCUGCCAAAUUUCAGUUCAGAGGAGUCUGGUCAUUCUAAUUCUACCAUAACCACUUCUUCCACCAGACUCACUAAGCACAGCGUCGUGCAGCAUUCUUACUCCUAAACUGCCGUCUGGCCCCAAGCUUAGCUGCCAGGCAGGGACUGACCUCGUGUUUCCAGCGGGCCUCUCUUUGGAUGAGCCUCCAGACGUGAGAGACAGACGCGCGGGGCUUGGACCUUUUCCCAGUCACUAACACACAGCCGACGUCGCUGUCCCAGCCUCCAAGUGUGUCCUUCACAAACGCUUCAGGGUUCGCUGGGGGCAUAACGAUGAGGCAGUGUCUUAAGUGCCUUUUAGUGAGUUAUGGCCAGAAGGUGUUCACCAAGUUAAAGAGGGAGUGGGUUGGCCCAUAAGAGUUUGCCAAACUGACACAGAGUGCCCAGUGCGCCAGCUCUCCGGGCGAGCCAUCCCUGAAACUGACAGGGCGUCUUCACAUUCUGCGUUCACGGCCAACAUCGCUGUGCUGUAUUCCACGCUGUACUGCACCUGGCACAGUAUCCACAUGGUUAUCCAAAAACAUGCGUGCAGUCUGGACAACCGGUUUUGCUUGUUUCUUUCAGGUGAGGAGCCUGGCCUUUUAAUCUGUUAGGUUGACCAAAUUAUGGAACCUUGGCAUGAUAAAGAACACACGUUAUAGAUUUCCAUGCGUGUGUGUGGCAGGACUUUAAAAAAUAGCAUUACAGCUUCCCUUUGCCUCCCCAAACUCAUGAAAAUGAUGAACACUUCAACUUCACUUGAAUAAUCCCAGGAAAACUUCAUAAAUAUAAAAUCGCUUUAUUUUUUAUAGUAGUAAUAUACUACUUUCUAAAAACUCAAGAUACAUUAUCUUCUAAUUUUGUACAGCUAAAUUAGCCACUGGACUGGAUUCUCCACUGUGAGACGCACCUGCUUGUGUGAUUGCUAUUUAUCCUCAGUGCAUAACACGAGUGCCAAAUAAGUAUUUGUGAAAUUAAACCAAAUUUUGGAAACCAUUUUCUUUUAUUUAUAACUGCAAAAAAAAAAAAUACUGAAAAACCCUAUGUUAUCAGUAAUUAUGAGUUUGAGAUUAUGAUUUUAUUCUACAUCCCAAAGUCACUGACUGACCAACCAAUCAUGACUACAUGAAUGUUACUCAGUUGAAGAAAACCUGAAUUUGUACGAUAUCCUGGCCUUUCACUGUGAAAAGUUAUUUGGGUAUUUUGGCCUGUAAGCAGAUUGUGUUUUCAUUGCUCCUUGAAGAAAUAGGACAUUUAAAGUUUCAACGUUUAUGUAUGCCUAUCAAUAGCCAUUUAUGUAAAUGCUUCCCACAACAAAAAAUUUUCAUAAUUUUAAAUACUGUAAUUUUGUGAUUUUUCAAGACAUUUUGCUAGGGAAAUGAAUCUUUAAAGAUUCUUUUUUCAGAAGUAUUUUUGACUUGAAUUGUGUUAAGACUGACAUGUUUUACUCCUACCGACUGACUGUCUAUGGGUAAAAGGCAAAUGUUUUUAAAUAUCAUAAGUCUGUAGCCAAGGUGAAGGUCGAUCUUCCAUGAUCUAAAUUUUUUACUCUCUUCAUAGUAAUUGCUGAUUUUUUUCAUUGUAGACUCAGUAGUUAUAUUUUGCCACGUGCACAACAGGCACAUCACUGCUGUGUGAGCUGUAAACGUGACCUGUGUACUUCACACAAACCAAAGUUGGUCUUAACCGUCCUCCUUGGACAGACCCGGAAAACCUAACUUGCCUCUUAUAUGUAACAUAAUCACAUUUUCUAAAUGGUUUUUUGUACCUGAAACGAUGAUUUGUAUGAGGUCUUACAUUUGUUCCUCAGGAGAUUAUAUCUGUAGGUGUUUCAUCGUAAAAUAUUUAAAUAAAAAGAUGGCCUUUAGAGCAA